AUGGCAUCCAUUUCAACUGCUGCUGAGGCAGUGGCGAGAAUCGCCUACCUCACCAGUGAUACCGUCCUCUCCGUACAGCCUGCGCUGCAGAGUGACUCAUUGUUCUCAAAGUCGCUCAAGGCCCUCAAGGCUGGCAAGAAAAUCAACUUGUCAUCAAAACCCACCAUUGUCCAAGCUGUGCGGUACAAUGAAGACCCCCUUCUUUCCGCAUUCACUCCUCUUCAGAAUGGCGAGACUAUCUCCGUUGUCACCAGCUCCUCGGUCCUGAUCACCGCCGUUCCUCACCUCUACCGUCUCGCCAACAGCCCCGUAGUCAUCCACGUUGCGCUGGAGCCCUCUCCAUUCCCCGAUUACUCCGUGAUUAGCUCCAUUCGCCAGUCCGGCUUCACAUUCCUCCACUCAGAAACCCUGCAAGAGGCUCAGGAUAUUGCUAUCACUGCUCAUGCACUUGCUCGCAAGUCUGGAAAGGGUGUCAUUCAUUUCUUCGACCCCUCCAACUCGGCUCAGGAUCCUUCUAUCGCCGAGGAGGAAGUUGAGGUUGUGAAGAAGGUCUUCAAUUUUGGUGGAAAUGCCGCCACCUCUGCUGGAGCCCAGACUCUCUAUGCUGACUCUGGUCGUGUGGCCACUGUUACCGAUGAGGCAGUGGGUACUGCACCUUCUGGCCAACCCUUGUCAACGAAUUUGACUGUGCCCUCUCAACCUCAGACUCCCUUCACCGCGAGCGUUGAUAACUCAUCAGUCGGCUCUUCGCGAAGAGAUAGCAGCGCUGGCAGUGAAGCCCCAAGCUCGACUGCCACGACUGUGGAUAGCGCCACUAUUCGGCCUGUUAGUGCGGGCGAUAUCUUCGAAUGGACAGCUCAGAUUUGGAAUAUUCUGUCCGAAGAGGUCGGUCGUAGAUACAACGCUAUUGAGUACACUGGUGUUGCCAAUGCUAAGUCUGCUAUUUUCGUAUUUGGCUCUACCGGAGUCUUUGUGGAUGCUCUUGCCAAUGCUAGUGCCAACCCGGAGUUGGAGAACAUUGGUUUGAUCACUGCUCGUCUGUACCGCCCUUGGGUCGGUGGUCAAAUCUCUAACUCUAUCCCUAACUCUGUGGAGAAGAUUGCUGUUUUGGAGCAGGUUCGCAAGACCACCCGGUGGGGUCCUUCUUUCAUGGAUCUGUUGUCCAGCCUGACCCCCUCCGGUGCUCGCACCCAGGCUCCUCAGAUUGUUGGUUAUCGUCUUGGAUUCAUUGAGCCCUCUACUGCUGUCCAGGCGCUUCGCGGUGUCUUGCAGAACUUGAACUCCGCUUCCCCUAUCCAGAACCUUGAGAUUGGAAGCUCUCAGGUUCCCACUGUCGAGAAUACCCUUGAGCAGCCUCGUAUUGAGAACGCCUACUUGAAGAUUCUGAACCAGCUCUUCGGUGAGCGUCUUCACAUCGCCAACCAGCUUGGAUCUGACAACGCUGGUGUUUCAAGCACCAUUGCCGCAAGCCCUGAGUAUGGAUUCGGCUCGUUGCUGGCUCGCCAAGAGCGCCGUCAGCGCUUCAUCCGGGAGGUCGAGGAAGCGUCCAAGUCCGGUGAUUUUGCCACUGACGCCCCUAAGUCCACUUUGUCUCACUGGGCUCUGAGCGUAAAGGAAGCCGCCAAGGCUAACAAGCUGGCCCCUGAGGUCAUUGCGCAGCUUUCUGACGAUGGGUCCGCACUUUCCCGUGAACUCCUUCAGUCUAAGAACUUCUUCUACGAGGAGUCCGAGUGGCUGAUCGGUUCCGAUGCUUGGGCGUACGACUUCGGCAACUCUGGUGUUCACCAUGUUCUCGCAUCUGGUGCAAACGUGAACAUGCUCAUCAUUGACUCUCAGCCCUUCUCUGAGCGUGCUGCCGCUGACGCCACUCGCCGCAAGAAGGACAUUGGUCUCUAUGCCAUGAACAGAGGUAACGCCUACGUUGCCUCUGUUGCUGUCUACAGCUCGUACACCCAGGUUCUCCAGGCCAUGUCCGAGGCCCAGCAGUUCAACGGUCCCUCGGUUGUUGUUGCCUAUUUGCCUUACAACCAGGAGAACAACUCGGCACUCACAGUCCUGCAGGAGACCAAGAAGGCCAUCGACCUUGGCUACUGGCCCCUGUACCGCUGGAACCCCGACAACGAGGAGAAGGGUGAGCCAAAGUUCGCCCUUGACUCCGAGCGCAUCAAGCGUGAUCUCGAGGAGUUCCUUCGCCGCGACAACCAGCUCACCCAGCUCAUGAACCGCCACCCAAAGUACGCUCCUGUGCUCUCCGAGUCCUAUGGUACUGAGGUCCGCGCUCUUCAGAAGAGAAACGCCAAGGACUCCUACGAGAAGCUCUUGGAUGGUCUGUUCGGUGCUCCUCUGACUAUUCUCUUUGCUUCCGAUGGCGGUAACGCUCAGAAUAUCGCCAAGCGUCUCGGUAACCGUGGUCGCGCCAGAGGCUUGAAGACUAUGGUUAUUGCUAUGGAUGAAUUCCCUCUUGAGGACUUGCCUACCGAGGAGAAUGUUGUGUUUAUCACCAGUACUGCAGGCCAGGGUGAGUUCCCCGUGAACGGCCGUGCUCUCUGGGAGCACGUCAAGAACUCUGGUGAUCUCGACCUGUCCACCAUCAACUACUCCGUCUUCGGUCUUGGUGACAGCCACUACUGGCCUCGCAAGGAGGACAAGAUCUACUACAACAAGCCCGGCAAGGAUCUUGAUGAUCGUGUUGCCUUCCUGGGUGGUCGCAAGCUGACUGACAUUGGCCUUGGUGACGACCAGGACCCCGACGCCUACCAGACCGGUUAUUCCGAAUGGGAGCCCCGCCUUUGGAAGGCUCUCGGAGUUGACAAGGUCGAAGGUCUCCCCGAGGAGCCUGCCCCGAUCACCAACGAGGACAUCAAGAUCGGCUCCAACUUCCUUCGUGGUACCAUUGCGGAGGCUCUUUUGGACGAAAGCACUGGUUCCAUCCCUGCCAGUGAUCAGCAGCUGACCAAGUUCCACGGUACAUACAUGCAGGAUGACCGUGAUCUUCGUGAUGAGCGCAAGGCCCAAGGUCUUGAGCCUGCCUACAGCUUUAUGAUUCGCUGCCGUCUUGCCGGUGGUAUUGCCACUCCCAAGCAGUGGUUGCAGAUGGACGCCAUUGCCAGCUCCCACGGUAACGAGACCAUGAAGCUCACCACCAGACAAACCUUCCAGUUCCACGGUGUGAUUAAGCGUAACCUUCGUGGUGCCAUGCGUGCCAUCAACAACUCCAUGAUGGACACACUCGCUGCCUGCGGUGAUGUGAACCGUAACGUCAUGUGCAGUUCUCUCCCUGAGCUCUCUUCCUUCCACCGUGAGACCUGGGCCAUCUCUUCCAAGAUCAGUGAACACCUGCUGCCCUCGACCACUGCCUACCACGAGAUCUGGCUUAAGGAUGAAAACGAUAAGAAGAUCCAGGUUGGUGGAGAUGCUAUCGUUGACCACGAGCCUCUCUACGGUCCUACCUACCUCCCCCGAAAGUUCAAGAUCACCAUCGCCAUUCCUCCUCACAACGAUACUGAUGUCUACGCCCACGAUAUUGGUUUGAUUGCCAUCAAGGGUGCCGACGGCCACCUCGAGGGCUUCAACGUCCUGGCCGGUGGUGGCAUGGGUACAACUCACAACAACACAAAGACCUAUCCCCAGACUGGUCGCAUGUUCGGAUACAUUCCCGCCGAUAAGGUUCACCUUGCUUGCGAGAAGAUUAUGCUCGUGCAGCGCGAUAACGGUGACCGUAAGAACCGCAAGCACGCCCGUAUGAAGUAUACCAUUGAUGAUAUGGGCGUUGAUGUGUUCCGUGGCGAGGUCGAGAAGCUUCUUCCCGAUGGCCUCAAGUUCGGCGAGCCCCGUCCUUUCGAGUUCAAGUCCAAUGUCGACACCUUCGGCUGGCUGAAGGAUGAUACAGGCCUCAACCACUUCACCUUCUUCAUCGAGAACGGUCGUAUCGAAGAUACCGCUGACUUCAAGAUGCGCACUGGUCUCCGUGAGCUCGCUGAGAUGGGCAAGGGCGAGUUCCGUUUGACUGGUAACCAGCACCUCAUGAUCUCCCGCGUUACCGAUGAGGACCUCCCUGCCGUCAAGGAGCACAUGGCCAAGUACAAGCUCGACAACACUAACUUCACUGGCUUGCGUUUGUCUUCCUCCGCUUGUGUUGCCUUCCCUACUUGCGGUCUCGCCAUGGCUGAGUCCGAGCGCUACCUCCCCGUCCUGAUCUCCAAGCUCGAGACCACUCUCGAGGAAUGCGGUCUUGCUCGUGACAGCAUCGUCAUGCGUAUGACCGGUUGCCCCAACGGCUGCGCUCGUCCCUGGCUUGCUGAGGUUGCUUUCGUCGGAAAGGCCUUCGGUGCGUACAACAUGUACCUGGGUGGUGGCUACCACGGCCAGCGUCUCAACAAGCGUUACCGCUCCUCCAUCAAGGAGGACGAGAUCCUGGACAUCAUGAAGGGUCUUCUCAAGCGCUACUCUCUUGAGCGUGAUACCGAUGGCGAGACUCCUGAGCGUUUCGGUGAUUGGUGUAUCCGCGCUGGUGUCAUCAAGGCCACCACUGAUGGAAAGAACUUCCACGAUGGCGUUGCCGAAGAUGAGGAAGAUGAAGAGUAA